UAUAUUUAGGCAACGAAAACCGGUAUACAUUUUAUUACAUUUUUGUAGUAUUAUAUAAGAGCGUGGCGGUCGGUGGCGGCGGCUCGUCGAAUGGUCUCCAUUGCUGACAUACACGGCGGCGAGCGGUCGCGAUAGUGAAUGUGCUGACGCCGCCCAAACAGUGUGCGCACACGAUGAACACCAUCCGUUCGUGUUUCGCCACCAUAGUCGCGUUUCUCGUCAUCGCGAUCGGCUGGUGGGCCACCGACGCUGUGGUCUGUUGCAACAGUAGUUCGGUCGCGACUGUCGGCGGAGACGUCGUCGCGUCAUGCCAGAACAAAAAUCGGACGUUCCACACGAUCGAGGCGAUCGGCGGUGUGACGUGCGAUGACGACCGGACGGCUGUGCCGGUCCGGAAGUGCUGUCCGCUGGGCCAGUCGUACAAUCCGAAAGAACGGUUCUGCCGACCAGGCAGGGCGGACGGUGACGAGCACCUGCAGCGGAUGGUGCAACUACUGAGGGACGAAUUCCGGGCGGUGGCCGAUGCGGUGAUGGUGGGUUACGACUAUGAGCAGCCACUGUGCGACGCAGCGGACGUGCUAGUCGACGUGCUCACCGUGGAGGUGAGUAGGCUGAUGGAUACGUACUCGUCAGUCCUCGAGUUGCCGCCGGGCUACUGCUUCGACCUGACGCCAUCCGAUGAGCUGGUGGCCCGGACGUGCCAGCCACGCGACCAGAUCUGCGGCCAGGAAAAUUACACGUGCGUCCACAAGUGCUGCAAGGGCGACCGGAUGAUAGUCGACGACCCCAAUGGUCCGCAGUGCAAGCAGAGCAUGAAGCCGUUUAAGAUGUACGCCUACGACCACUAUAGAUUCGAGGGCCCCAGCUCUAAUAGCCAUGGAGUGUCCCUCUCGGAUAACACGGUGCUGCCGUACUAUGUAGAAUUCAAUUGCUCACACGGGGACAAAGUGAACUUCGAGUUCGUGUUGACCGUGAAUGGCAGCCUUUACCUUUUUGACGAAGACCUGUACGUACCGGACACGGAAUACUGCGUGGAGUAUUCACCGGUGGCCAAGGGCAAUGUGGUGUUCAUAUGCGACGUUAACGCCGUAUUUAAGAUCCCACGUGUGCGUGACAGCUCGAUUCCCUUAUUCCAUCGGGCGAGUUACGUGGCGUCUGCCGUGUGUCUGGCGCUCACUCUGCUCGUGUACAACAUACUGCCCAGCCUCCGGAAUAUCCGCAACUACUACGUCAAGUGCUACAUCGGCCACCAGUUCGUGUCGUACGUCUGCGUAAUUGCCCAAAUUAGUAUGGAAAACGAAAAAGGCCGAAUGUGCGUUAUAUUCGGUUAUAUUAGUUUAUUUGUAUUUCUUUCAACAUUAUGCUGGUCAAACGUAAUAUGCUUCGAUAUUUACUGGAUGAUAAGGUACAACAUUUCAAUAAACAGAAAUACAUCAACAUCAGUACGUACCAUCAUGUACUAUUUUUACAGUUGGGGACUUCCAAGUAUUUUCGUAUGUUCUGGUUUUUUUUUUGAAUAUUCACAAAAAAAAUUUCUACAUGAAUUAGUACCCAAUUUUGAAGCAUAUGGUUGCUUUUACUACAAUAUGUCUGGCUUGGGAAGUGUAGUUUUCAUCAUGUUACCAGUGUUUGUUAUACUGACUGUCAAUUUAGUUUUGUUCAGGGUAACUUCUAAUCAUUCUUCAAGAAUUAAAUCUGAACUGAAUGAAUUAAAUCGAACAGACUCAAAUACAGAAAAUGUUCUUCUUCACAAAGAGAAAUUUGUAAUGAGCUUCAAACUAUUUCUGAUUAUGGGAAUUCCAUAUUUUUUUACGUUACUAUCUAUUAUAUUACAAAUUGAAGGAGCAAUACGGUACAUUCUUUAUGCAGCUAGCAGUCUACAAGGUGUAUUUAUAUGUAUUAUACUUGUGGCCAAGCCCCAAAUUAUUAAUGACUUACGGAAAAAGAUUGGAUGUUCAAUGGAUCACAGAGAGUCGACACAAGUUAACACUACCUCUGGGUCGUCAUAAAAGUGGCACUGGGCAGUGCUCAUAAAAGUUAUAAUGAUUUCUAAAUGCAAUAUGUAUAUAGAAUGUAAAUAUUUUUAUAUUAUAUAUUGACUCUAGGCCCUAGGACAUAAAAAAAAAUCAUUAUUUUUGUGCAUUUAAAUAUUACGUUUUUGAUUU